AUGGCUUCCCACCAAGAAUGCCUCUUGGAAAAUGGCACAAGCAGUGAGGAGGAAGUGCACCAUGGCAGGACCGCUAGACAAUUGUCGGCUUCUGCAUUGCGCAAAAAGUCGGAUCCUACACUGCCAAACAGUGUUCAAAAUGGACAUAUCAGGGAGUUGCUUGUUAAUCUUCAGGUUGUUCUUCUGGGGACCAAGCUUUCGGUUCUCCUUCCCACCAUUCCUCUGUCCAUUUUUGCUGUGUACUAUGGCUUUGGAAAGCCCUGGAUUUUCACUCUGAGCUUACUUGCAUUAACCUUACUUGCUGAGCGCAUCAGUUUUCUCACAGAACAAAUAUCAUACUACACUGGUCCAACAGUGGGAGGGCUCCUAAAUGCAACAUUUGGUAAUGCCACAGAGCUGAUUAUAGCAAUAUCUGCUCUACGUCAAGGAAAAGUAGCCUUGCUCAAGUAUUCUCUCUUGGGUUCAGUUCUUUCUAACCUUCUUUUGGUCCUUGGAACCUCCCUUUUCUGUGGUGGUCUUGCUAACCUCAGAAGGGAGCAAAAAUUUGAAAGAAGACAGGCCAAUGUGAACUCUCUCCUUCUACUUCUAGGAACAUUCUGCCACACGCUCCCAAUGCUGCUUCAAUAUGCUGGGGACUCUGCUGCAACAAAAGACCAAACACUCCAAUUCUCAAGGGCCAUUAGUAUCCUAAUGCUACUUUCUUAUAUUGCAUUCAUGUUCUUCCAGUUGUGGACUCACCGCGGAUUUUUCGAAUUGCAGCAAGUAUCAGAAGUUGAUGGUGAUGAAGAUGUUGAAGAAGAAGUGGCUGAGAUAGGUUUCUGUAGUGGAUUUGCUUGGCUGUUUGCUGUCACUGCCAUCACAGCUUUGUUGUCUGAGUAUGUUGUGGGCACAAUUGAGGAUGCAUCAAAAUCUUGGGGUUUGUCUUUCAGCUUCCUCAGCCUCAUCUUGGUACCAAUUCUUGGAAAUGCAGCUGAGCAUGCAGGAUCAAUCAUUUUUGCUUUCAAGAACAAGUUGGACAUAUCAUUAGGAGUCUCUUUGGGGUCUGCAACUCAGGUCGCCAUGUUCGUGGUCCCGUGCUGCGUCGUUGUUGCUUGGAUAAUGGGCAUCAACAUGGAUCUUAACUUCAAUGUCAUUGAAACAGUGUCUCUUGCUCUAGCAGUGAUCACCACAGCCUUUGCUUUACAGGAUGGCACAUCCCAUUAUGUGAAAGGGUUGGUUCUUAUUUUCUGCUACAUUGUUAUUGGAAUCUGCUUCUUUGUAUUCGAAACGCCGGUUGGUGAGUACUCAGAAACGCUGCAAACACCACCAAACCCUUGUCAGUUUCCAUAG